GACUUGACUUGACUCCCAACUAUAAAAGCACAUCACUGCCAUUAACUUCCUCAUGGAAGAUUUGUAACCAAAUUUGAUCAUGGGUACAUCUUUGUAUCUUUAUACUCUCUUGCUCUUGUGUUGUUUUUUUCAUCUUAUUAUAUUGAGUAAUUCUUCCUCUUCUCCACCACCACUAUGCCAUGAAGAUGAGAGCUUAGCCUUACUACAGUUCAAACAUAGCUUUUUCAUUAACAAGUCCGCUUCACGUGAUCCUUCGGCUUAUCCAAAAGUCCAAUCAUGGAGGCUUGAUGGAAAAAGCAGUGAUUGCUGCUCAUGGGAUGGCGUCGAGUGUGACCACCACACUGGUCAUGUGAUUGGCCUUGACCUCAGUAGCAGUUUUCUCUAUGGCUCUUUCAACUCCAACAGCAGCCUCUUCAACCUGGUUCACCUUCGGAGGAUAAAUCUUGCUGACAAUGACUUCAAUUAUUCUCAAAUCCCAUCGAAGAUUGCACAUCUUUCAAGGUUAAGAAGUCUUAACCUAUCCCAAUCUUUAUUUUAUGGUCAAAUACCUUCAGAAAUUUCAAAUCUUUCCAAGUUAGUUUUUCUUGAUUUGUCUGGGGCUUUUUUGAAUCUUGAAAAACCAAAUUUGGGAGACCUACUUAAAAAUCUAACACAUUUGAAAGUAGUUGACCUCAGUUGGGCGAAUAUAUCUUCUACAGUCACAAGUGAUUUGUCAAACAUGUCUUCACUAACAACUCUUAGGCUUCGAGAUUGUCGACUGUAUGGUAAAUUCCCAACAAGCAUUUUUCGACUACCAAACCUUCAGUUUUUAAAUGUGGAAGACAAUGAAAAUCUCACUGGUUGUCUGCCUGAAUUUCACCGUACUAGUCCCCUGAAAGCAUUGGAAAUUGCACGAACGAAUUUCUUUGGAAUCCUACCGGAUUCAAUUGGUAAUCUUGAAUCCUUAAGCAUUUUGGCAUUAAAUGAAUGCAAUUUCUCAGGGAUGCUACCAGCUUCCCUUGGUAAUCUAGCCCAGCUCACCAUUUUGCACCUUGGUACUAAUCAUUUUUGGGGUAAAAUUCCUUCAUCCUUGUCAAACCUAACACAACUAACUCACUUACGUCUUGGUAACAAUAAUUUCGAUGUAGGAGCCCUCUUGCUGAUACUAGGCAAGCUAUCCAAACUCUCUGUCAUAGACCUUGAAGGUAUGAAAAUACAUGGUGAUAUACCACAAUCUCUUGCCAACAUGACCCAACUAACCUAUUUGUCCUUAAGGUCAAAUGAAUUACUUGGUCAAAUCCCAUCUUGGCUUAUGAACGCCACGCAAUUAAUUGCUCUAGACCUCUCACACAAUCAAUUGCAAGGCAUGAUUCCAAGCUCAAUCUCUCAACUUGAGCAUCUUGAAUCUCUUGAUUUUGCUGAUAACAACUUGAUUGGUAAAGUCAAGAUUGACAUUUUUCUCAAGCUCCUAAACCUUAACGCAUUUUAUCUUUCAGGAAACAAAUUAACAGUGCUUAGCAAAAAUAGUACCAACACUACUCUUCCUAAGAUCAUUUCUCUAGGAUUGGCAUCAUGCAACUUGAGGGAAUUUCCUGAUUUCUUACGAUUCCAAGAUGAAUUGCGUAUUGUGUUUUUAGGUGAUAACAACAUUCAUGGCCAAAUACCUACUUGGUUUUGCAACACAAGUAAAGAAACCAUGGAAGUUUUGACACUUCCACAUAAUUUUUUGACAGGUUUUGAGCAACAUCUAGAUGUCAUUCCAUGGCAGUCACUUGAGGUUUUAGAACUCAGUUUUAACAGGAUGCAAGGAUCACUCCCAAUUCCAUCUCCAUCCCUUAUUUAUUAUGGGUUCUCUGAUAAUUUACUUACUGGAGAAAUUCCACCAUCAUUCUGUCAGCAUUAUUCUACACGGGUUCUUGAUUUGUCUAACAAUAACUUAAGUGGCACAAUUCCUCAGUGUUUGGCCAAUUUUAGUGAUUCUCUGUUGGUGCUCAACCUAAGUUACAACAAUUUUCAUGGUACUAUUCCUCAGAUAUUCAUGAACGGGAACCAAUUGAAGUCGAUUGAUUUAAGUCAAAAUCAAUUGCGUGGGCAGGUACCAAGAUCAUUGGAAAAUUGUACAAUGCUCGAGAUUCUUGUUAUUGGAAAUAAUCAAAUUGAUGAUACUUUUCCUUUUUGGUUGGGAGCUCUUCCUCAGUUAAAAGUUCUUGUUUUGCGAUCUAAUAGCUUCCAUGGUGCCAUUGGGAAACAGAAAACAAAUUUGAUGUUUCCAAUGUUGCACAUCAUUGACCUCUCUCACAAUGGUUUCUCAGGUAACUUGCCCUCAGAUUACUUCCAUAACUGGAAUGCAAUGAAAAUGGCCAAGACAGAAAUCUGGACAUAUAUGCAGGAAGCUUCAGAGUCUCUCAUUGCAGGAACCUGGACGUUCCCAUGGGUUUAUAAUUACUCAGUAACAUUGGCUAACAAAGGCACACAAAGAUUAUACGAGCAUAUCCAAACUGCUUUUGUAGUUCUUGAUUUGUCAAACAACAAAUUCAAAGGGGAUAUUCCAGAAUCUCUUGGAAGUCUCAGUGGGCUUCAGGUGCUAAACAUUUCCAACAACAAUCUCACUGGCGUCAUCCCGUCAUCCUUGGCGAAUCUAACAGACCUGGAAUCAUUGGACCUCUCUCAAAACCAGCUCUCUGGCGAAAUACCUCAACAACUUACCCAACUCACUUUCCUUGAAUUCCUAAAUGUUUCUCAUAAUCAUCUCGCAGGCCCUAUACCUCAUGGGAAUCAAUUUGAUACAUUUGAAAACAGUUCAUAUUAUGAGAAUUCGGGAUUGUGUGGCAACCCUCUGUCAAAGAUAUGUGGAAACUCAAGGUCCUCACUACCACCACCAUCACUCAGCUUUCAAAGUGAUGACUCAAAGUUCCCAAGUGGUGUAGACUGGAUUGUCAUAUUCAUGGGAUUGGGGAGUGGGCUAAUAGUUGGGCUAGUUAUCGGGCAGGCCCUGACCACGAGGUACCAUGAAUGGUUUGUCAUGACCUUUGGAAAAGGGAACCAAACUCAGAGGAGGAAGGGACGAAGAAACUAAGUCAAAAAGUAAUAUUUCUUGUGUAAUAUAUGUCCAUAUGGAUGCUAUUAGCUUAUGUGAAGUGCAAUGCUUCUAUCAUUUGCAAGUUAUCUCGUGCAGUAACACGAGUUGUUUGUGUUUGUACUUUGUUCCAUGUGCUACUUUACCAUAAUGCUUUGCUAUGUAGCGGGAGUUACACAAAUGGUGCCCUCCAUACAAUACACAAAUGGUGCCCUCCAUACAAUAAUAAAAUUACCUAAAUU